AUGCCACAGGCUGUAGGGGUCUCCCAGCGGGGGGUGGCGGAGCCCAGCGCGGAUGCCCCGGGUGAUUCUCACAGCCAUCCCCCAUCGUCUAUGGUGGGAAACGCCGGCCAAGCGACCCCCGCGGCGUUGCCGGUCGAGCUCUGCCGAUGCCAGCUGUUCAUGACUUUGCCAAGCGGUGAGAGGGGCUUGCCGGUGCGGCUCGUCGCGGAUCACGGUCUUGCCAUGGGGGUUGCCGAUGAUGCGGAAUCGUUAACCACUUCUGCAAGUUCCGUGGCGCCGCGAGUUCGGGAGGGCAUUUCCAAGCCUGCAGGCGGAGGCGCUUUGUCGAAGAAGACUAAGGCAUGGGAGGACACGGCAGGGUGCCUUGGUGUUAGCGAAACUGACAAGCGCUUGCAGGCGCGACGGAAGUUGGAGUACGACAUCGCUCGGCAUGACCAACUCCUCAACACCAUAGCGAAGCUUCAAAGGACGGCUGCGGAGCAUACCUUUCGAAUGCCAAAGUAA